AUGUCUGCCGCAAGAGAUAUCCGCCCUCGUCAAGACGACUUGGCCAACCUCGCAUCUUCCCCCUCCGCCUCCUUCAACUCCCCCUCCAGCCACAGCUCUACUCUGAACCGCAUCGUCCCCGUCAACGCGAAGCACCUCAAGCCAUUCGCCACUGAAGACAUCAAGGUUCUUCUCCUCGAGAAUGUCAACGAGACCGGUCGUGAGAUCCUCUCCCAGCAGGGCUACCAGGUCGAAUUCCUCAAGUCCUCUCUGCCUGAAGAUCAGCUCAUUGAAAAGAUUCGCGAUGUGCACGUUAUCGGUAUCCGCUCAAAGACUAAGCUCACUGCCCGCGUCUUGAAGGAGGCCAAGAACCUCAUCGUCAUCGGUUGCUUCUGUAUCGGUACCAACCAGGUCGAUCUCCAAUAUGCUGCCGAUCAGGGUAUUGCCGUCUUCAACUCUCCCUUCAGUAACUCCCGCAGUGUUGCCGAGCUGGUCAUCGGUGAAAUGGUUGUUCUCGCUCGCCAAUUGGGCGACCGCUCCAACGAGAUGCACAACGGUACCUGGAACAAGGUCAGCAACGGAUGCUGGGAAAUCCGUGGAAAGACUCUGGGUAUUGUCGGCUAUGGCCACAUUGGUGCCCAGCUGUCAGUGUUGGCUGAGGCAAUGGGUAUGUCAGUGAUUUACUACGACGUUCUCAACAUCAUGUCUCUGGGUACCGCCCACCAGGUCGAGUCCCUGGAGCAGCUUUUGGCCCAGGCCGACUUCGUCACCUUGCACGUUCCCGAGAUUGCCGAGACCAAGGGCAUGAUCGGACCCAAGCAGUUCGAGCAGAUGAAGAAGGGCAGCUACCUGAUCAACGCUAGCCGUGGAACUGUCGUCGACAUCCCCGCUUUGAUCGAUGCCUCGCGCAGCGGUAAGAUCGCCGGUGCCGCUCUUGACGUGUACCCCAACGAGCCUGCCGGAAACGGUGACUACUUUAACAGCGAGCUGAACACCUGGGGCGAGGACCUGCGUUCUCUCAAGAACCUGAUUCUGACCCCUCACAUCGGUGGAAGUACCGAGGAGGCCCAGAAGGCUAUCGGUGUUGAGGUUGCCCAGGCUCUCGUUCGCUAUGCCAACGAGGGUUCCACCCAGGGUGCUGUCAACUUGCCCGAGGUCACUCUCCGUUCAUUGACUAUGGACGAGCCCAACCACGCCCGUGUCAUCUACAUCCACAAGAACAUUCCCGGAGUGUUGCGCAAGGUCAACGAAAUUAUUGGAGACCACAACGUUGACAAGCAGAUGACCGAUAGCAGAGGCGAUGUUGCCUACCUGAUGGCCGAUAUCAGCAAUGUCGACACCGCUACCAUCAGAGAUCUCUACACCCGUCUCGAGAGUCUUCCCUCUCGUAUCAUGACCCGUAUUCUGUACUGA